ACAGACCCCGAUUAGGAUUAAUGUUUGAGAAUUUUAACUAGCGUUCGAAGAGCUGGGAUAUUGUUAUUGCUGCUCUGUGAAACCGGUGGGGUAAGUACCUGGCUGUAAGUACCUGGCUGUAAGUACCUGGCUGUUUCCACAGCGGUUACUUGGCAGUGCUUAUUGCUUUAAGAAGCUAGGAGGAGAGGGAGGAGGAGUGAGAUACUCUUGUGAAAUAGCCCUAGGAGUGCACUCGCUGUACUGUAUUAGAUUGCUGUCCAGCUGGUUGGAGGAAAAAAGCAAACUGAGCAAGUGGAGCUGAAAUUCAAGAAGAAAUAAUAAUAAUAAACUUUAUUUGUUGAGCUCCUUUCAUACCAAGAGGUUCGAGGCGCUUCACACAGACUUACAAAAAAGCAGUAAUUAAAAAAAUAUAUAUAUAUUGUAAAAAGAAUCAGAAAAUAAGACAAUGUUGGACUGCAGGUUGGAAGGCAGCAGGUUUGAAUAGCUUAGUGGUGAAUACAGGAAAGAAGGAAAGUAUUGGGCUGCUGUAGGGAAAGUAGUACGUUUGAAUCUAUCAAGACUUAGAGAAAUUUAAAGAAAGUAGGAGAGAACCAUUGACACCUCAUUUCUAAGGAGGUCCUCCCUGUGAUUCCACACGCUGGGAUCAUGUCUUUAGCAGAGCAGAGCCAGCAGUGGUACCCCACCAACGUGAAUGUGACUGUGCUCCAGGCCCACAGCCUGAAGGCUAAAGGGAAGAACGGCACCAACGAUGCUUACGCCAUCAUCCAGCUGGGCAAGGAGAAGUUCUCCACCUCGGUGUCUGAGAAGAGCCUGGCCCCGGUGUGGAGGGAGGAGGCCAGUUUCGAGCUGCCUGUGUUCCACCAGGGGAACCAGGAGAGGUGCAUGCUGCGCAUCGUGGUGAUGCACAGAGCCCUGGUGGGGCUGGAUCAGUUCCUGGGGGAGGCUGUUAUCAACCUGUUGGAGCUGCACGAGAACAAGGAGCGCAACAAGACAGAGUGGUUCAAGCUCCAGUCGAAGGCCGGUAAGAAGGAGAAGGAGAGGGGGGAAGUUCAUGUGAACAUCCAGUUCAUGAGGAACAACAUGACGGCCAGCAUGUUUGACCUCUCCAUGAAGGACAAGUCGCGCUCCCCCUUCGGCAAGCUGAAGGACAAGAUCCGGGGCAAGAAGGACCGGGGGGGCUUCUCUGACUCUGCCUCCGCCAUCGUGCCACGGGUCUCCCAGGUGCUUACAGACAGCGAGGGGGAGGAGGAGGGCGGAGGCGGGGUAGAGAAACCCAAGAAGUCUGCCAAAUCCAAGAUCAAGUCCAUCUUCGGCAAGUCAUCGAACCUCCAGCGCUCAUCCCUCUCCCAGUCCAUGUCGGUCCUGCCAUCCCUGCAGCCGCUCCCAGAGAGGAACGCGUGGCUCAGCGGCAGCCGGUCAUCUGGACUGGACGUUGAACCAUCUCUGUCUGCAGUACCAGAGACAAAGGUGGAGGGCAAGCCCCCCCUGCCGAAGCCCCCAACCCACAAGCACACCCUGAGCGCCGACACCAAGCAGCUCUUCUCUGGCAAGAAGGACCCCUUCUCCCUGCUGGGGGGCCUGCGUUCCAAAAACGACCCCGUGUCCCAUUCCAGCGUGUGCAUCAAUGGGAGCCACGUGUACGCGGAGGAGCCUGACCCUGAGGCGGGCCUGAGCGGGUCUCUGCAGAACCUGUCCGGUGCCACCAAUAUUGGGUCCACUGAGGAUUUCACCAUCCUGAAGAGCAGCGACCAAGCCUCCACAGAGUCCCUGAAGAGCAGGACCCUGCCCAGCUACAGAGUGCAGAGCACCAGCGCCACCCAGAAGAAUCGGGAAGAACUGCAGGAGGAAAACGCUGCCAAGAAGGCAGAGGAGAAGAAGAGGCUGGAUGAAGAGAGGAAGAGAUCGCAGCAGCAGGAGGAAGAGCAGAGGAGACGGGAAGAUGAGCGGAAGAGAGUGGAGGAGAGGAAGAGACAGGAGGAAGAAAACAGACAAAGGGUGGCUGCUGCAGAGGAGGAAAAGAAAAGGCAGGAGGAAAUCCGCAAGAAAGAGGAGCGCAAGACAGCGGAGAAAUCUGAGAGCAGCAAGGCGUCCACUCUACUGUCACUGGUCAGGGGGAGGAAAGACUCUCUAAAGAAUUCGGACAGCGUGAGUCCACCCGAGACCCCCGCAGACAGGAAGACCGAGCCGGUCCCCAAGAGACAGGGGUCCCAGGAAUUCGAGGAGGUCCCCCUGAGGAGGAAGCCUCUCGUCCCUUCCAAAGAGGAGCAAGACCCAGAUCCGCACCUGCAGGAGAAGGAGAGGGGAGCGAAGAACCCCUCCACCCCGACCACAGGCUUUCCCAGCUGGGCAACAAGCAAGGUCACUGCAGUCAAGCCCAGAUUGGACGUGUCUCUGAAGGAUGAAACCAAAGACAGGCUUCCUUCUCUUUCCACGUCGCCUCUCCCCCCCGUUAGUGCCCUCUCCAAUCCCUUCACUAGCACCCCUUGUUCCUCCUCCUCUAGCCCCCCUUCCCCUACCCCCUUUCAGGACAGCUCUGUGCCUCUCUGUCGGGAGGUGAGUUCUGGUAGUACUCCAGCUGGCUCCCUCCUGAAGGAAAACAGGAAAUCCGUCCUCAAAACUGAUCCCUCCAAGGGAGGAGAGGAACCCCAGCUCUCCCCUGGAACCCCCAAGUUCGAACCCACAGCCAGUCUGGUUUACCCCAACAUUCCUGGGCCAGCGAGCGGGCAGAAGAGCUCUGCGGGUAGCACAGGAAAGGAUGGAGAAUCAGACUUUGUGGCCAAAGCAAAGGGAGAGGAUGGCUCUGUCCUCUAUUCCCCCUCCUCGAGACCAGCCUCCGCGUUGGACUUGCUGUCGAAGGCUUCCUCCAGCUCUAUCUCUCGGAGCCCGGCGGCCGCGUCCCUCUUUGAGAAGGGUAGGCAAUCAGGAGCCUCCAGCUCUGCCUCUGUUCCAGAGGGCUCUGGCCCCCCCGCGACACCAGCCUCGGUUUUUGACUUGCUGUCUAAGGCCGCCUCAAGGACAUCUAGAGCGUCUUCCUCUGGGUCAAAUUCUCCGAUUGUUUCUGUUUCCGAGUCUCCCAUUGAGAAUAUCAAUAAGCCAGCCUCUGAUUCUGACCCACUAUUAAAGGAAAACUUAAGGCCACCAUCUCUCUUCGACUCUUCCAUUGUGUUGGCCUCUAUUUCUGACUCGGACUUCGAGAGAGUGAACAAAUCAGCCUCUGUUUCUGACUCACUAUUGAAGAACACCUCAAGGCCACCCUCUGUUUCCGACACUCCCUAUGAGACUAUCAAAAUUUCUGAUUCACUACCUGAGGCCAACUCCAGGCAAUCAUCGCUUUCUGACUCUUCCACUGUGCUGGCCUCCGUUUGUAACCCACCCAUUGAGAAUGUGACCACAUCUGUCUCCUUGUCAAAGGAAACUCUUUCUGACUCCCCCUUUAAGAACGCCACCAGACCAGCCUUCGUUUCCGAGGCAACCUCUAGGAGCAGAAAGCCCUCUACUUCUGAAACAGCCUCUGAGAAGCAGUUGAAAGCAGAUCCGCUGGCCUCCAGCUUCUCCUUCAAAUCAGUCAUACAGAAACGAAGCGGAUCCGGGGACCCAAAAUCCCCACCCCCUGAACUGAAGAGCGACGAGAAGCCUGCAAAACUGGACGUCAAACCAGACUCCUCUACAUCGGAGAGAGAGAAGUCCGAAACCACUGGCGUUCCUGAACCUUCUGAGCCAGCUUCAAAACACUUCAGAACAGAAAGAGAGGUGCCAAAGCCUGCACCCAGAGCCCCUAAAUCAUCCAGGACAGAACCAUGGGGCCCCACGGAGCCUGCGGCCUCCACACCGAAACCUGCACCCAGAACCAUCACAGCUCAACAGGCUGGGAAAGAAGAGUCCGCUGCUCCCAUCCUUACUCACAGUCCACCGAGCAACAAGCCAGGCACUAACUCUUCACCCGUAGAGGCAGAAGAGAGGAGCAGCCCCAGUGCCAGGAGCCCAACAGCAGUUAACAAGCCCCCUCCUUCACUGGGUGCAAAAGGGAGUUCACAGGGUGUCGGAGUUACUGGCUUGUUUGAUGGGCGUCUGGGAGGCAGAGUCCCUUCUGCAAGUCCAGGACCAGACAAGAGUGUGGACAAAGGGAAACAGGCAUGCUCUGACCAGACUGCGAGAGACAGGGAUGCGCAAAAGGAUAAGCAGGCUGGUGGAGUGUCGAUGGAGAAGAGCAAACUGCCCGACAAGAGCUCCGGGGAGGUAUUCAAAACGAAGGACAAACUUGCUGCUUCAGAUAAGAAGGACCAGAGCAGGUCUGGUGGGACUGUCGCAGCAAAGGACAGAGAUACGCUGCUUCAUCAGAGCACAAGGAUGAACCAGAAGGAUGAACAGACUCUUCAGGACAAAAAUGCAGGGGAAAUGCUCUCACAGAAGGACAAACAGACUGAGAAGAACGCAGAUGACAGACUUACAGCACUGUCAAAUAAAAGCACUGGCGACAGUUUAAAACCGAAAGACAAACAGACACUGUCGGAUGCAAGCGACAUUGAGGCUCAGAAACUCUCUGUAUUAUCCACCAAGCCGACACCGUCACCCCCAGACAAAAACGUGAGCGGAAUAUCCUCGCAGGAGGUGAAACUGGCAAAGCCUGACCAAGGCACGGAAGAAACGAUCACGGCAAAUACGAAAAAGCCCCUCGAGAACAAAAACGCAGGAUUGGAGAAGGACAAACGGACAUUGUCUGAGCAGACCUCGGAGAAGGACAGACGGACACCGCCAGCCUCAGUGGAGGAUGCUGAAGGUGACACCAGCCCAUUACCGGCUGUGCAAAACAAGCCUGCAGUUAUCUCUGCGAGGAAAAGAGCAGAGAGAACGGAGCCAAGCAGCACUCCGAGAUCUAACUUGGAAAAGCAGACUGGAGAGGAAGUGGCUGAGUCCCAGAGGAAGAGCAAAACCGAGAGCCUGUCCCCUCCUCCUUCCUCCUCCUUCUCCCCUCUACCCCCCUCUCCCUCCUCUAAGACGGUCGUGAAUAGCCCCGCCCAGCCCAUCAGCUCCGGAGGGAAGAGACUGCUCCGUGCCUGGGUUUCUCCCUCGGAGACACAGCCAAUCACAGUGCAGCAAAGUCCUGGCUCAGUACAGUGCAGGCCACACCCAGUGAAGCCGAUGAGCUCCCAGGACAGUCAGACUUCCCGAAUGGAGAAGGAUCCGAAGAGCAGUGGGGUGAAAGACACCCCGUCCGGGCGGAGCGGGCUAGUCAUCAGCAAGUUCACUGACCCCUCGGAUGCGGCCCCCUACUCCCAACUAACACACGAUGAGCUGGUUGCUCUGCUGGUGAAGCAGAAGGAGGCGCUGUCCAAGAAGGACUGCCAGAUCAGAGACCUGGAGGACUACAUAGACAACCUGCUGGUCCGAGUGAUGGAGGAGACACCCAACAUACUGAGAAACCUGCCUUCCAAGCAGGCCGGCCGAGUCUAGUGGCAGAGUGCGUCUGUCUGUCUGUAUGUCUGUCUGUCUGUCUGUCUGUCUGUCUGCAUCUCAUGAGCUCCACUUCUUUUCCAGGGGUGGCAUUAAGACUCCCAUUGCAUAGCAGUUUGAUCCAUUCCUGGUUUUACUACCAGUUUAAUAAGACACACCUGUUACCUAUACAGUGUGGCUAAUCAAGCUUGUAUCAAAACCUGGAAUGGGUGAAACUGCCAUACAAUAGGAGUCUUAUGUCCAUCCCUGUAUUCUCUCAGAGCUUGAGAAUUGCCAUAUAAAAUUGCUGUAUAGCACUUGACAAUUAAAACACGAAGUAGACAAAGGUUUUGGGCUUCAGGGUUCAGAUGAUAUAAGAAGCCAUUGUGCUGGUGUAGCCACUGUAGGAUUGGAUGGGAGUGCAGUUUGUUUUUCCUCUCUCGGAAACCAUGGCAGAAGUUUGAGAGUCACUGUUACUGGAGCAUGCUUCUGGUUAUCCAUAGGGGCCGGGGAAUGUAUAGAUUUGAUUUCUGGCUUUGUUUUUACCUGUAUACCAAAAAUCAUGGCUGUAGUGAAUCCAAUCAAACUCAAAUGUACUGUUUUCCUACCUGUAUAAGUUUGUGAACAACAUUGAAUUGAACUGUAAACUUCUAUUGUUUUAUUAUUAUUAUUAUUGAAAAUUUCUUUCUGUAGAUGUAGAUAUAGAUAGAGAGAGAAUGAUGCAUGGGGUAGUGUGUCAUAAGAGAACUCAACGCCCAUCUGAGGGUGGGGAUUAAAUUCUCAUUUAUCACACACUAUCCCAUGCAGUAUUUUUUAUAAUCUCUGGUGAACAGUUCUUUCCUGCCAGAGUUCUAAAGUUCUGUGCUGCUUGUUGUGGGGGCGGCUUAAUCUACCUAGUCUGUGUUGCUGAGUUAAUAUAGGCUCGCGCUGGGGUCGCGCUGGGGUCACGCUGGUGCAGGUGGUAAUGAGCGCGUUUCCUGUAAUAACCGGACAGUUAUUACGGGAAAUAUCUACUGGAUGAGCCCGUUGAAACAAUUGCUCACCAGUUAUUAUAUAUUUAAAUUGUACUUUUUUCCUUUGUGGGAGGGAUUUGAAUAUAUAUGUUCAACAAGACACUAAUCAUGGCUUCUCAUCAGAAAGCAUUCCAGGGCUGUGUGACAGUGCAGAUUGGUGAUGGGUUUGAGGCUGGAUGCACGCGGUGUGGUGCAAGGAGCUGCAAUAUGGGACAGUGCAAUUGUGGGCAUUGCUGCUUCAAAUAUGAGACUUAUUGAAGAUAAGACUUAUUUUAUUGUAUAGAUAUCUAUUAAUAAAGGGGUUGGCGGAUGGAAAUGUUUCUCCAAUGUAAAGUUUUCCAGAGCUAUACAGGUUGAGACCAUGCUUAGAGUGGAAUAGUGUCUGUAAUUCAGAACGCAGCAGUGGGUUUGAACCCCAUUCUGACUUGAUACCGAGUCUGGCUCGCACUUUAUCUGUGUCGCUUGGAUGUUUGGACAAGCCCUCUUGGAACCAAUUCUUCUAAACUGCAAUAAUCGCUCAGGGGUUUCAGCUGGAAUGUAUCCACUUCACUCAUUUAGGUGCUCUAAAUGUGAUUUUUUGUUUUUUGUUUUUGUUUGUUUUGUUUUUUUAGUUCCUGAUCUUUCAUAGCAGAGAUUAUUAUGUUUUACCGUGGCAUGCAGAAUGAAACAAGAGAGCUGUUUAUUUGAAAAAGCAAAGUAACCAGAAGGAUGUUGAAGGCCUCUCUGUCCCUACAGCAGAUUGGGGAUAUUUGUUUUUACUGAUCAUCUUGGGUGAAAAGUCUUGUUUUUAUUUCAUUCCUUGUCAGAAGUAUCAACAGCAAUAGCUUGAAAGAUCUUCCAUUCCUGACUUAAGGUUUUCUUUAUACAGUUUUUUUUUGUGAGUGCAGCUGUAUAAGGCUGUUUUCUCUAGAGCAGUAAAGUAUAAAUAUUUUCACAUAUAUAUGUAUAUCAUUAUAAUAUUAUCAUUAUAUUCUUCCAUGUAAAAUUGAAAAAUAAAGCACUGUUUAUAUUGUCAA